AUGCUUCGUCUGGGGCUGAAGAUUGUCGUGUCCCGCUCGGCGGCGCUGUGUGUGGCGUGGGGCACGUCCAGCCGUGCCUUGUUCGUGAGCUGUGCAGACUUGAACUUGAUCGCCAACAUCGUCGCAUCUCGGGGAUUGGGGCUCAGUGGGUUUUGGUGGGGCAAAACGCUCAAGGCGCUGAUUUUACUGAGGGUGCUGUCGCGCGUUCAAGGGGUGGAAACGUUCAUGGCAGCCCAAACAAACGCCAUAGGUUUGGACCCUGUCGCUAACGAAGUUUUGAAAACGCGAGAGUGCAACAUUGACACAUUUGACCUCGGCGCGCGCAAGUCCUUCCGCGCACUCUUCCGACUCGCGUGCAAUCCACAGAGCCCCGUCUGUAUCAUUAAACACUCCCAGACCAUCAACAUGCUGGACGUCAACCGAAGCCGACUGGACAUGCAGGACAAGACAGACUCGUCGACGCCAAGCCUCCUAGAACACAUCUUGUGGAACAUGGAAAAGUCGGAUCCUUGCCUGGUUGUGCCUCCGAUCAAGCGACGGCUUGUGUUCACAUGCACUGGCAGCGAAAUCAAGCGCAAGCUUGUGUUCUCGUCACACAAAACCGUCAAGCCACUUCGACCGACGAAGCGCGAGCUUGAGCGAGAAGCAGCGAAAGUUCUCGAGCAAUCCAAGCAAGACGAGUCUGCAACGCCGUACUUUGCCAAACUUGGACGGCGAAAGCGGCAGCUGUCGUUUGACUAGACAGUUUGUUUCAAUAGGAGACAAUCCCCACACAAAAUAAAUCCCCAUAGAGCAUCACCCCCCACCUCCA